CGGUGAGCCCUCCCACCCGCAGCGACGGGGGGGCUGGCUUAUAUGCGGAAGCCUCAGUUCCGCUCGGUAGAACUCUUCGAAACGGAACCCGCAGAACCGCAGUCCGCUUUCUUCAGCGCUAAAACAGCGUCUUCAGGCAAGGUGCAUCAUGAGCAGCAACUACAGUGUUUCCCUGGCCGGCCCUGCUCCGUGGGGCUUCAGGCUGCAGGGGGGAAAGGACUUCUGUAUGCCCCUCACCAUCUCCCGGCUUACUGAGGGGGGCAAAGCAGCCAAAGCCAAUGUGAGCAUUGGAGAUGUUAUCCUUUCCAUCAAUGGCAUUUCUACUGAAAGCAUGAAUCACCUUGAGGCCCAGAACAAGAUAAAAGCCUGCACAGGUGCCCUCAGCCUCACUCUCCAGAGAGUCUCUGCUGUUUCUAAAGAAGAAGUGCACAAGGAUGAACCUCAGGAGAUCAUAAAGCCUGUGCCGAUCACUCAGCCUGUGGCAAGCACCGCGUACACCAAGCCGCUAAGUCAGAACAGUCCUAUAUCCAACAAGACAGCUCGGCCGUUUGGAGGGAGCAGCGCCGGGUUUGGUGCUUCCUCCUCCCCAGCUUCCACCAAAGUCGCCUCCAUUCCCUCCGAGUCGUCAGCUUUCACCCCAGCCGCCCCCUCCCAACCACCUCACCCUCCCUUCCCACUCAAGUCCAGCCUCGCUCCAGAACCAGCUCCGGCAAAUUCAGUUCAGAAAAGCAGCCCCGGUCGCUCCGCUUUCACCUCCCCAUCUGCCUCUUCAUCAUCAUCUUCCUCCUCCUCUUCAGCCAGAGUGACACCCUCCCACCCUAAUGUCCCGCAGCCUUCUGUCUAUAACACACCCAUCAACCUGUACUCCAAUGCCAAUGCUUCUGAGGUGGCUAUGGGACAGAGGCGGGGCCUUCUGGAGAGUCAGGGGCUUUCUGAGCAUGUCAAUGGGAAGGCGGUUGUGGAGCCUGAGAUCCAUUCACCAGCUCUGAGUGACGCCAGCAAGAAGCGUGUGAUUGAAGACACCGAGGACUGGCACCCCCGAACGGGCACCUCACAAUCUCGGUCCUUCCGGAUCCUCGCCCAGAUCACCGGGACAGAGAAUGAGCAAACUUCAGAAAACGGUGGGAAAAAUGAGGCGGUUGACAAAACCAAGCCCACUGUGCACACCUCGCCUGCGGCGAAAACCUAUUCCAAGUCAGCAGCAGCCCCCAGGAACGGAAACAUCGCUGCUCCUACAUUUAAAAGUCCCGCAGCCCAGAGCAAACCCGCCUUCCAGCCUGGAGGUCUGCCAGGUCUUCAGAAGAUGGCUGCAGGUCCUUCCUUUGGCAAGGUUUCUGGUCCGGCUGCCAAAGGACCGGACCGCCCCACUCCACAGCCACACCCAGAGGACCUGAACUCUCUGGUGCAGCGGGCCGAGCACAUCCCAGCUGGAACACGCACACCAAUGUGCUGCAAGUGCAACAACGUCAUCAGGGGUCCAUUCCUUGUGGCCAUGGGCAUGUCCUGGCACCCAGAGGAAUUCAACUGUGCUCACUGCCGCUCCUCUCUGGUAGAAAGUGGAUUUGUAGAAGAGAAGGACAAAGUGUACUGCGUGCGCUGCUAUGAGCAAUUCUUUGCUCCGACAUGUGCCUACUGCCACCAGAAGAUCCUGGGGGAGAUCAUGAAUGCCUUAAAGCAGACCUGGCAUGUGUCCUGCUUCGUCUGCACAGCCUGCCAACAGCCAAUCAGGGGCAACACGUUUCACAUGGAGGAUGGACAGCCAUACUGUGAAAGAGACUACAACCUCCUGUUUGGCACCCCUUGCAAUGGUUGCCAAUACCCCAUUGAUGCAGGAGACCGGUUCCUUGAGGCUCUUGGACACAAGUGGCACGACAGCUGUUUUGUGUGUGUGGCGUGCUCCCAAAGUCUGGAAGGCCAGCCUUUCUUCUCCAAAAAAGACAAGCUUUUGUGCAAGAAGCAUGCACACACAUACAACAUCUAACAAGCGAAGGGAAAAUAUGUAGAAACUGAUCAGGUUUUUAAUAUUUUCUGAGAUGCCAAAACAAUUUCCUCUAGAUUUUUAUCAGUGUGCUGUUCUUACUUCUUAUUUUACUUCCUUAAAUAUUAGACAUUUCAGAUUUUAACACACGUUUUGGGGCUUUCUUCAUUGUGUUGAGCUCUUGCUCAUGAUGACCUACUGAACCCCCCUGAGGACACAGAAGAUGUUUGACUAAAGCCACUGCAGUUUUGAUAAUUUAACUUUAAGGAAAACAAAUAUUUAUUUGUAAACAAAGGUGAUCAAUAUGUUUUACUAUUAAAUGGGAAGUGUUUUUUAAAGUUUUAUGAUAUUUUAUCAUUCCCAACAAAUAAUAGUGGUUACAGAUGUGUGCUAAAUAUACAAGUUUUGUUUAAUUAUCAAAUUUAGAAGUAUUUUAAAGGAAAAAAAGUUUUAUUUUGUAAUGUCUGCUGAUUAUUUUAACUGGUUUAUGGUUUUGAAAUGUAUUAAUGGUCAUUUAAAUGAGAUGUUUUCAGUUUCCACUCCCUGGCUGUGCUGUACUGUACUGUUCUGCAUGUUUUUUGAUGCAAUUAUUCAAUAAACUUAAACAAUUUUUAUCUGUCAUCACA